AUGGCGCUUGUCGGUCUGGGUGGGGUCGGUAAGACUCAAAUCGCACUGCGUUUUGCCUACCGGAUCAAGGAGAAACGACCAGAGUAUUCGAUCUUUUGGGUGCCAGUUCUGAGCGUUGAAACUGCAGAACGUGCGUAUGGGGACAUGGCAAACAAGCUUGACUUACAGAAGAGUAGUGAAGAAGAGGAUGUCAAGAAUCUAGUCCGUCAGCACCUCAGCUCAGAUAAAGCCGGCAAAUGGCUCUUAAUCAUUGAUAAUGCCGAUGACGAGGAGCUUAUCUUUGGAUCUGCUGAGAAGCCAGGUUUGGAAGAGUAUCUUCCUUAG